AUGGCACUCAACGACUCCUCCCGGUCUGCCUCCAUUCCGUCCUCGUCGUCCGGCGCGUCCCACUAUGCCUUUCCGUCCGUUUUUGCCUUCUCUUCUAGUCCGUCGGCGACGUGGCUUGUCACCACGACAGUCAUUCUGGCUUCCUUGUUGAUCCUCGAGCAGUCGGUGUAUCGGUAUAAAAAGCGUCAUUUGCCCGGCGAUAAAUGGACCAUUCCUAUUAUCGGCAAGUUUGCGGAUUCCAUGAAACCGACCAUGGAGGGCUACAUGAAGCAAUGGAACUCGGGCGCCCUCAGCGCCAUCAGCGUCUUUAAUAUCUUCAUCGUGAUGGCUUCAUCGACGGAGUACGCUCGCAAGAUUCUCAACUCACCCACCUAUGCCGAGCCUUGUCUUGUCCACUCAGCGAAACAAGUUCUUCUCCCCGAUAACUGGGUAUUUUUGACAGGCAAGGAACACGUAGAUUACCGACGGAGUCUUAAUGCCUUGUUUACGCGGAAAGCUAUUGGGAUGUAUAUCGCUAUUCAGGACGUCAUCACUCGAAAGCAUUUUAAAGACUGGCUUGCUGAGGCUGCAAAGGACCCAUCUCCCAAACCUAUCAUGAUGACUGCGCGCCACCUCAAUAUGGAUACUUCACUGCGCGUUUUCUGUGGCAACUAUAUUCCAGAGCAUGCUACUCGGGAAAUCAGCGAAAAAUACUGGGCAAUCACUUUGGCCCUCGAGCUUGUCAACUUUCCCCUCGCACUUCCCGGAACCAAGAUUUACAGAGCCAUCCAGUCCAGAAAGGUGGCCAUGUACUGGCUUGAGCUUGCGGCAGCUAGUAGCAAGGUUGCUAUGGCCAGGGGUGGUGAGCCUGCUUGCUUGCUUGAUGAAUGGGUUCGCAUCCUCCAGGAUCCCAGCUGGAAAGGGAGGCGUGACUUUAGCAACCUUGAAAUGGCGAUGGUUAUCUUCUCUUUCCUCUUUGCUUCUCAAGAUGCUAUGAGUAGUGGCUUGAUUUAUGGUUUCCAACACCUUGCCGAUCGUCCGGAUAUCUUGGCUAAGGUUAGAGAGGAACAGGAACGUGUUCGUCAGGGAAACUAUGACGCACCUCUCACGAUCGAGAUGAUGGAUGAAAUGCCUUAUCUCCAAGCUUUCGUCAAGGAGAGCAUGAGAAUCAAACCUCCGGUUACUAUGGUUCCGUAUAAAACGACCAAAGCCUUUCCUAUUGCCAGCGACUACACCGUGCCUGCGGGGAGCAUGAUCAUUCCCUCGUUCUACAAUGCUCUUCAUGAUCCUGAAGUUUUCCCAGACCCCGAUGUGCUCCAGCCUGAACGCUGGCUUGAUCCUCAAAGCUCCGCUAAUGCCAACCCAAAGAACUAUCUUGUCUUUGGUGCUGGCCCACAUAAGUGUAUUGGUUUGGAGUAUGCAAUGAUGAACAUCGCGCUUGUCUUGGGGACUGCUGCUGUAAUGUUCGACUGGGAACACGACGUAACGCCCAAGAGUGAACAAGUCGAGAUCAUCGCAACACUAUUCCCCAAGGACGGCUGCAGACUUAAGUUGACGCCGCACACAUAUGCAUAAUCGUACUUGGUCGGAUGGAGAAGCUGAUGCAUUUUUUCCCCACAAACUAUCAUUAUCCAUACCAAAUCAAACCCCUUUAACAUUCUCAUUUACAUUCGAUUACUGUAUGUGUUGCAGGCACCUUGGUUUAGCUGUGGGUGCUGAUCAUGGCUUUAUCGCAUCGAUCGGUCUCAGGGCUCCUCAGGGGCUGGUGUUUUCGGUACGCUUGUUCGCUGAACGCUUGUUUAACUAGAAGACUUGAUGGAGUGUACCCAUGCGCUCCUUUCGUUCUAGAUAGAGUCUAUUAAGAGCAAUUCAGUUACGCCGAGAUACUUGAUGUAGAGCCAAUGAUUGAUAUCAACUCAUCCUCAG